AUGGAGAGGACAAAAACAGAACUGAGCGUGUGGAGAGCGAGCGUCGAUGACGAAAGUGUCGUAUAUUUAGACGAUGAAGUAAGGGUGAGCGUAUCUCAUCCACAAGUCUGGUGCACAAACAAAAAGUCCCCGUUUGGAGCUGAUACGCAAACGACGACGCGCCUUGCUACUCACCAAAGCAAUCGGGAGAUCUCCUCGGACGACCUGCGCGACUAUCGUCUCGAAUAUGUGAUAUAUUUUAUCACGAGUGAGCCGCCACAAUACAGAGAAGCAGAGGAUCAUAAGAAGAAGAGUUCCAUUGAUCUCACCUGGAUCUGGACUACGCGGGUGGACGCUCGCUCGCUGCAGGCCUCUUGUCGUCGCUGCUGCUGCCUUGGCCCAACAGGUGUGGGCCAACUGGCCACACGUCCGAGGAUCGCGGGAGUUGCUGACUACGCAGUCCAGUGCAAUAUAGUCAACAAAUACAAGCCCAGGGUCACCGAUAUAUAUCGCGGUGGAGGUCAAGAGCAAAACUCUAUCCAUCGCAUCUCUGCAAAGUGGUUGGCUAGAUUUGUGGAUGUGGCGCAGUGGACUCACUCUCUUCCCGCCUUGGCUAGGACAAAAAUGACUGCGCUUCGUGAUUAUAUACAAAGUUACAGACCAGGACAGAGCGACGGCCGCACCCUGAGAGCCCUCUAA